AUGGCACCUAAACGACCACCACCUCUCCCUAAGAGUCUAUUCGCUCCUCAAGGUCCCCUAAGUCCCAACUUCCAUCCACCACCUCCUUCGCCCACUUCGAUUCAUCCAGAAUACAUCAUUGAUUCACAUUCAUUUGUGAAAAGACUUGAACCUACUCCUGAUCCGAUAUAUGAGGGACUCGAGUCAGCAUACCCUAGACCACCGGUCAAAAGUGCCAUUCAGGUGAAAAUGGACGUUUCUGCUGAACCUGCAAAAGCUGUUCUCGGAGUCAAACCAUUCUCUAUCCAUCCAACGGUACUUAACCUCACUCUCGUCACUCCACCAAGUAUAACCAAUAUAGCCAAAGGAGCCGUCGAUAUUAUCGUUCCGUCCACGUUUCCGCUUUCAGAGACGGAAUGGGAUUUGUUGGAAGAAGCAGUCAAUGCUUUAGACGGCUGUUGGGGAAAUGGUACUUCUCUGAAUGAAGAAGGUAAAGAACCUGGAAAAAUUGUCAUCUCCGGAAUACUUCCUCCACCACUGACGAAGACGGCUACACCCCUCCUCAGUUCAGACGCAUAUAAUCUUCACCUCGCAAGAAUAGCAAAUCUUUCUUUGCACGCUAAUGUCUAUCUUAAAGCAUUACCUCCUGUUGUAGAUGUCAUUCAAGCUAAAGAGAAAGAAGGCGGUUGGUGGUCAGAUAGAAAGGAGCUCGAAAGGGUCUUGAGGAUGUAUAUCUCACCUGUAAUCGAAGCGUUCGGGACACAUCGAAUCAUAUUCGGAUCAACCCCUGCUCUACCUUUGGCGGAAUUAACAAAAGUCUCACCUAUCCCAGGUGAUUUAGAACAGCCAAUACCUAAUGGAGAAUGGUAUUCGGUUCUGAGGAAAGUGAUCUCUGAGCUGGGUGAAGGGAGAGAAGAGAUGUCCGGAGUGAUGGGUGGGAAUGCUGCCAAAGCCUAUGCGUUGGCAUAG